AAAGAGAAAGAGAAAGAGAAAGAACAAGGUAGUACUUCUAACUUCGCCUUCACUCUGCUUUGUUUUCCGAUUGAUUCCUCCUCUCAAUCCCCUCUUUCAAAACCCUAGACCCUCCCAAUUCCGAUCAUAUUUGGAUCAUAUAGCUCGUCAAUCGACGGAUUUGGCAUCUCUCCGCAAUUGGCUGAGGAUUAUUCUGGUUGAAGUUUUGAAUUUGAGAUGUCGAGGUAUCAUGUUGGUGGGAAAGUGGUGGAUAGUGUGGAUUUGCUGCGGAAGCGGCACUGGCUGUGGCGUUUAGAUGCCUGGCCGUUCGCUAUAAUAUAUGGAUUUUGGGCAGUUGCAAUUGUUCCUAGCUUAGACAUCUUUGAUGCCUUUAUAGUACUCGGUGGCUUUUCCGUUAUUCAUAUCUUGGUUGUUCUCUUCACCGUCUGGUCCGUUGAUUUCAGAAGUUUCGUCCAUUAUUCUAAGGUCAAUGACAUUCACCAAGCAGAUUCGUGCAAAGUUAUUCCUGCUAAAUUCUGUGGUUCAAAAGAAAUUGUGCCCCUACAUUUUCGAAAGCUGGCAGGAUCUUCAAACCUAGGGGCUGUGGAAGAGAUCUAUUUUGAUUUCAGGAAGCAGUGUUUCAUUUUUUCUAAGGAGAAGGAAACUUUUUGUAAGCUUCCUUAUCCUUCUAAGGAAACAUUUGGAUAUUAUCUGAAAAGCACUGGCCAUGGCACUGAGGCUAAAGUUGUUGCUGCUACUGAGAAAUGGGGACGGAAUGCAUUUGAAUAUCCUCAGCCCACAUUCCAGAAAUUAAUGAAAGAGCAGGUCAUGGAACCAUUUUUUGUAUUCCAGGUCUUUUGUGUGGGCUUAUGGUGUUUAGAUGAAUACUGGUAUUACAGUCUCUUUACCCUGUUUAUGCUGUUUAUGUUUGAGUCAACAAUGGCCAAAAGUCGUUUAAAGACUCUCACUGAGCUCAGACGUGUAAGAGUAGACAACCAGACAAUAAUGGUGUAUCGGUGUGGGAAAUGGGUUAAACUCACUGGGACAGACCUUUUGCCUGGGGAUGUUGUGUCUAUUGGGCGUUCUACUGGUCCAGCAGGAGAAGAUAAGUCUGCGCCAGCUGAUAUGCUUUUGCUAGCUGGAAGUGCGAUCGUAAGUGAAGCUAUUCUGACAGGCGAGUCUACCCCUCAGUGGAAGGUUUCAAUCAUUGGUAGAGGAACAGAUGAGAAAUUAUCAGCUAGACGAGAUAAAACCCAUGUUCUUUAUGGUGGCACUAAAAUUUUGCAGCAUACACCCGAUAAGACAUUUCAUAUGAAAACUCCUGAUGGUGGCUGCUUGGCUGUUGUUUUAAGAACGGGAUUUGAAACCAGCCAAGGAAAAUUGAUGCGGACUAUUCUAUUUUCUACUGAGAGGGUUACUGCUAACAGCUGGGAAAGCGGACUCUUUAUUUUAUUCUUAGUAGUUUUUGCAGUAAUUGCAGCAGGUUAUGUUCUUAAAAAGGGGCUUGAGGACCCGACAAGGAGUAGAUACAAGCUUGUCUUAAGUUGUUCCCUGAUCAUUACUUCUGUGAUUCCACCUGAGCUACCGAUGGAAUUAUCCAUAGCUGUUAAUACAUCUUUGAUUGCUUUAGCACGUCGUGGGAUAUUUUGCACAGAACCAUUUAGAAUUCCAUUUGCAGGGAAGGUUGAUAUGUGUUGCUUUGACAAAACUGGCACACUAACAUCUGAUGAUAUGGAAUUUUCUGGAGUUGGUGGACUAACUGAUCGUGAGGAAUUAGAGACAGAAAUGAGUAAAGUUCCAGGACGCACUCAGGAAAUUCUUGCUUCAUGUCAUGCCUUGGUUUUUGUGGACAACAAGCUGGUUGGUGAUCCUCUUGAAAAGGCUGCUCUUAAGGGAAUUGAUUGGACCUACAAAUCAGAUGAAAAGGCCAUUCCGAAGAAGGGUAGUGGAGAUGCAGUUCAGAUUGUGCAGAGGCACCACUUUGCUUCGUAUCUUAAAAGAAUGGCAGUUGUUGUUCGUGUUCAGGAGCAGUUUUUUGCUUUUGUGAAGGGAGCACCAGAAACCAUCCAGGAGAGGCUUAUUGAUGUACCUCCAUCUUAUGUCAAGACUUACAAAAAAUAUACACGUCAGGGAUCUCGUGUAUUGGCUCUGGCUUUUAAAUCUCUUCCAGAGAUGUCAGUUAGUGAAGUGAGAAGCUUGGACAGAGAUGUGGUGGAAAGUGGACUUAACUUUGCUGGCUUUGCGGUUUUCAACUGUCCUAUCAGAGGAGAUUCGGCCACUGUGUUGUCUGAAUUGAAAGGAUCAUCACAUGAUCUGGUCAUGAUUACAGGUGAUCAAGCUUUGACAGCUUGCCAUGUUGCUAGUCAAGUUCAUAUUGUUACAAAACCUGCCCUAAUUCUCAGCCGAGCUAAGAGUGGUGAAGGAUACGAGUGGGUUUCACCUGAUGAGACUGAGGUUAUUAGCUACAGGGACAAUGAGGUUGAAGCUUUAUCAGAAACGCAUGAUUUAUGUGUUGGAGGUGACUGUGUGGAAAUGUUACAGCAGAGUUCUGCUGUUCAUAAAGUCAUUCCAUAUGUGAAGGUAUUUGCAAGGGUAGCUCCAGAGCAGAAGGAACUGAUUUUGACCACUUUUAAAUCGGUAGGAAGGGUAACAUUGAUGUGUGGUGAUGGGACAAAUGAUGUUGGCGCAUUAAAACAGGCUCAUGUUGGAGUAGCUCUACUGAAUGCAAUAGCCCCCACUCAAAGUGAAAAGUCUUCAAAUGAAGCAUCAGCAAAAGGUGAAAGUGCAAAACCUGCUAAAGCAAGGAAAAUUAAACCUGCAGUGGAAAAUGGAGAAGGAUCUUCGAAAAGCAAACCUAUCUCAAAGUCUGAAUCUUCUAGUAAUCAAGCUGUUAAUCGCCAUCUCACAGCUGCAGAGAUGCAAAAGCAGAAGCUGAAGAAACUCAUGGAUGAGCUAAAUGAAGACAGUGAUGGUCGAUCUGCUCCUAUCGUCAAGCUUGGGGAUGCUUCAAUGGCAUCGCCAUUUACAGCAAAACAUGCUUCAGUUGCCCCCACAACUGACAUAAUUCGUCAAGGCCGUAGUACACUUGUGACUACCCUCCAAAUGUUCAAGAUACUUGGACUUAACUGCCUUGCCACCGCCUAUGUGUUGAGCGUAAUGUACCUGGAUGGUGUCAAGUUGGGGGAUGUUCAGGCAACAAUUAGUGGGGUUUUCACAGCUGCAUUCUUCCUAUUUAUCUCUCAUGCUCGUCCCCUUCCAACCCUUUCAGCUGAACGGCCUCAUCCCAAUAUUUUCUGUGCCUAUGUCUUUCUUUCCCUGAUGGGACAGUUUGUGAUCCACCUCUUUUUCUUGAUGUCUUCUGUGAAAGAGGCUGAGAAGUACAUGCCAGAUGAGUGUAUUGAGCCAGACUCAGAUUUUCACCCUAAUCUUGUGAAUACAGUUUCAUACAUGGUCAGCAUGAUGCUACAGGUUGCUACAUUCGCUGUGAACUAUAUGGGCCAUCCAUUCAACCAGAGUAUACCAGAAAACAAGCCUUUCCGAUAUGCACUAGUGGCUGCUGUAGGCUUUUUCACAGUGAUUACCUCUGACUUGUUUAGGAACUUGAAUGACUGGCUCAAGUUGGUCCCCUUGCCCACAGGAUUGAGGAAUAAGUUGCUGAUAUGGGCAGCUCUCAUGUUUUUAGUCUGCUAUAGCUGGGAAAGGCUAUUGAGGUGGGCAUUCCCUGGUAAGAUGCCUUCUUGGAAAAGGCGACAAAGGCAAGUUGCAGCAAACCUUGAGAAAAAGAAACGCGUCUGAGUUUGCAGGGCAUCUAUAAGUCUGCAGAAUUUUCAUCAGGAGUUUGAGCAUCUACAGGCAAGCAUUCUUAGGAGCUAUUUUGACUAGUGGAAAGCAAUGCCACCGUUCAGCUUUGGAGAAAUUUCAAGUAAUGUAUCAUUUAUACCCAUAUGUGCCUUACCCUGUGCUGUGCGGAAGAUUUUUGAUGGUUUUUCUUUCCAUACUCUUUAAUAGGUAUCAGAAGAACGAGGUAGGAAACUAUUCCUUCAUUUUUAUGUUUAGAAGGAAAACGAAUCUCCAUUAUUAUCCAAAGAAUUUUGUACUCAUUGACCAAGAUGCCGUAUAUUGUUUGGUUAUCUGAAACUACUACUUUACAAAAACCUCAAAGGGGGUUAUAGCGUAUGCAGAUGAUCCAACCUUUCCGAACUUGUUUCAACUGAAGGUUGUCUCGUUUAUAUUGGAAGACAAGUUCGUCCU